CGGAACAGACUCAGCACGUCACUUCCCAGGGAAGUUAAAAAAGGUUUCCAUCUGGGCAGCAGCAGGCUGCAGGGGGAGUCAGCACUGUGAGGAUUAACUGGGCUGUUUUUGUUUUUUUCAGCGGGUAAAGCGAAGUUUGAGGUCAGGAGUUUUAUCCGUGGAGAGGCGGAGGAAGCACCGGGUGCGAUGCGUCUGCGCCUGAACGACUCCAAGGUGUCCAAGAUGAAGUCCGCGUUUGAGAACUAGUUUCUGUGGACUGAUCCCGGUUUCCAGUCUCCACAGUAGUUUUUCUUUUCUAACCGAGCGGGUUCGGGGAGGAGAUGAUUGCUCAGGAUGGGACUGUGCCUCGGAACCGAAGGUACAGAGGAAGAGAAGAAGGCGAGAAUCCGCAGCUGCAACAUAGACCGAGACCUGUACGAAUACGCGAAGCAGGAGCUGAACGUGGUUAAAAUCCUCCUGCUGGGUGCAGCAGAAAGUGGGAAAAGCACUUUGGUGAAACAGAUGAAAAUUAUCCACAGUAAUGGCUUCACCAGGCAAGAGUUACACAGCUUCAAGCCUGCAGUGCUGGAUAACCUGCUGACUUCCAUGAAGUUCGUCCUGCAUGGAAUGGGCGUCCUCCGCAUCAACCUGGCCAACAGCAGGAACAAGGUCCACGCUCACUCAGUGCUGUCGUGCGGGCGGUGCUUUGACGAGGAUCAGGUGUUAUUUCCCUUCCUGGGCCACGCCUUGUCCUGCCUUUGGGCCGACCAUGGGGUGAAGGCAGCGGCCGCCCGGGGCUACGAGUACGAGCUCAACGACUCUGCACUGUAUUUCUUUGACAACAUGAGCCGCAUCACUUCUCCAGAAUACGUGCCCACAGAGACAGACGUGCUGCGAGUGCGACUGAGGACGACAGGCGUGAUCGAGACCCAGUUUAAAGUCAACCACCUUAUUUUCAGGAUGUAUGAUGUUGGAGGUCAGAGAACCGAGCGGAGGAAGUGGAUCAGUUGUUUCGAGGAUGUCCGAUCGGUUCUGUUUGUGGUGUCACUGAGCGGAUACGACAUGACGCUGGUGGAAGACCCCUCCGUGAACCGCCUUCAAGAGAGCAUGAAACUUUUCUCCUCCAUCUGCAAUAACGUCUUCUUCCGCAGCACGUCCAUGAUUUUAUUCAUGAACAAGAUAGAUCUUUUCCAAGACAAGAUUUUACAUACGGGACGACAUCUGCGCUUGUUCCUGCCACAGUUCAAAGGUGCGGACUGCGACGUGGAUUCUGCUGCCCGCUUCAUCGCCGCCACCUUCGUCUCCCUCAACAAAACGCCCAGCAAGCUUGUUUAUCACCACUUCACCACGGCAACGGACACGUCCAACAUCCAGGUCGUCUUCCAGGUGGUGAUGGACAUGAUAAUUACAGAGAACCUGGAAGCCGUGUCGCUCCUGUAGCUAACAGUCACCUGGACUUAAAAUCGGGAUAUUUUAAAGACUGAAACAAUCUGUGAUAAACAGAACAUGGUCGUUUUUCCCUGAUCUGUCGCCUGCUUUCACAUCUGAAAAAAAUACUGCUUUGAAGACGACGCAGCUCCUGGAAGAUGUUUGCGUUUAAUUUGAGCCUUUUGAACUUUGCCGAUGAUGAUGAUAAAUGUUUUAUUUACUGUUCCACAAUAAUCAAGCUGAGAGUGUUGAUGUGUCCCUGCUUCAGGAGAGAGAGGGGCUGAGUGGAGGAGUCACUCAUGCACACCAUCCUGGGUUCAUCCCUCUCUGUGUCUCUGCUGCACAUCACAGCCGUCUAAUGAGGCGUUAUCUCUGUUAAAAACACACCUUCUUGUGCUCACUUCAGACGCUGCGCCCCGCAGGCCUCUUAAUCUGUCAGCAGUGAUGCUGAGAAACUUAUUAGAUUUAAAUGAGAAGCAUCCCAAAGGAGUCCUCCUGACUCAGCUUUCAUUUCCCUCCUUUUACCUGUGAGAUGAUUGCAGAACAUACCAAACUCAGGCAGAACGCUGCCUCCUUUAUGUGAUUUGUGGCUUUUUCUGAGUUUAAAGGAUCACACAGGCUUUGGUAGUAAUUAGAAUAUAAAAAUGGCUGAUGCAGUUUGAUGUACAGUGGGGAA